GCAAAACUUGACGUAACGGGCACACUGAGAGGAAGACGCGGCGCCGUUUGUUGGGAAUCUCACCGCGCGACAGGGCACGGCACGGCAGGCUUUGGGGAAGUCGGUGUCCCGCUGAAUCCGCGCUUCCCACCUGGAUAUAACCGGACGCACGCGUGGCGGAGAAGCGGAAAAUUAUGGCGACGUUGGGACCGGACUCGGCUCGCCCUCCCCUCGCCCAGCUCGGAUCUCCUCCGUCUAACCAGCCUCACGUCGGCUGCGCGAACCUGCCUCCCAACCGGGGCUUGGAGCGCGCGCUGGAGGAGGCGGCGGCCAGCGGUGUGCUGAACCUCAGCUGCCGCAAGCUGAAGGAGUUUCCCCGGACCGCCGCCAACCACGACCUGAGCGAUACGGUGGAGGCAGACCUCUCAAAGAAUCGGCUGAGCGACRUCCCCUCAGAGGUCUGCCACCUGGUCGCCUUGGAGACACUAAACUUGUAUCACAACUGCAUCAGGACCAUCCCAGACAGCAUCAUCACCCUGCAGUCGCUCACAUCKUUGAACCUCAGUCGGAACCAGCUGGGCUCUCUGCCGUCGUGCCUCUGCGGUUUACCUCUGAGGGUCCUCAACGCCAGCAACAACAAACUGGUGAGCCUGCCGGAGUCCAUCGGGCAGCUGCACGGCCUCAUGGAGCUGGACAUCAGCUGUAACGAGAUCACGGCCCUCCCCCGACACAUCGGCAGACUCAAAGCGCUGCGGGAACUUAACGUGCGGCGAAACCUGCUCUGCGUCCUGCCAGAAGGUGAGUCUGUUCUCUAUCUGUGCGAGGUUACGUUUUCCGCCCCGGUUGCUCUGUCUUUCUCUCUCUGUGUGUGUGUGCUUAAACUGCGGCUGUAACUUCGUAGGCUCUUU